CCCACCCAAAUGUCGACUCUCUCUCCCAAUUCCCCUCUCUUUCCCUUCGCAUAUCUCUCCUUUAUUUAUAUCACUCACUCUCUCACUCAUCUCCACUGCACACUCUCAUCUCCGCAUCUCUCUCUCUCUCUCAUCAAACACCAUUCCGAAUUUUUUCUCUCUCUAAAACCACCCAUGGAUAGAGGAACAGCAAUACUACUGGCAUUCAUCUGCCUUGUGGCCAGCGUCGGCGGCGAGGCUCCCUCCGCCUCCCCAGCCAAGGCCCCCACCGCCACCAAGGUCUCCACCCCACCCGCCGCGUCGCCAGUAGCCACCCCUCCUUCUAAGCCUACCACCCCUGCCCCCGUCGCAACUCCUCCGGCUGCGGCACCAGUCUCAACUCCGCCUGCUGCAGCUCCGGUCUCAACUCCUCCAGCUUCACCUCCCGUCGUGACAGCUCCACCGGCGCCAGUGCCAGUGAGCUCACCCCCAGCGCCAGUGCCAGUGAGCUCACCCCCAGCUCCAGUGCCAGUGAGCUCACCCCCAGUGCCGACACCGACAGCCUCCCCCCCUGUUGUGUCGUCGCCGCCGUCUCCCGCACCCGAGGCAGCCACUCCGCCCACUGAGGCACCUGUCGAGGCGCCGUCACCGAGUAAGAAGAAAAGCAAGAAGCACGCCGCCCCUGCGCCGGCUCCUGAGAUGCUCGGCCCACCAGCUCCGCCGGCCGGAGCUCCGGGACCUAGCGCCGACGCCUUCGCCCCUGGCCCUGGAUCUGUGGGUGAUUUGAGUGGGGCAGAGAAAUUAAUGGCGAGUUUGGCAAUGGGAGUGGCUGUGUUUGGGUGGAUGUUGUUCUAGAGACUUCAUUCUUUCUUGUUAAUUUGUGUUUUGAUUUUUAUGGGCAGGCCCCCCACGUGCACAUUAUGAGCACCAUAAUUUAGCAUAUAUUUAUGUCAGACAUCACGGGGUUUGCCAAAUAUUUGGCUCUCUUGGAUACUUUGUUUGGGUAGAGAGACGAGUGAGGCAGAGACUAAGAGAGGUUUUGUUAAUUGUAUUCUUCAUUGCUUUAGUUCUGUCUUGUGCUACUUUAAUUCGAAUCAUUAAUUUUAUUGAUUAUUUAUGAUUAAUACAA